UCAUUUCCAAUUCCUAAUAAUAUGGCUUGUGAGACUGAAAAAUGGUUGAUUUUUCAUCUUUUUCUCUUGGUUGCAUCCUAUAUGCGACGUUCUUGUGUCCAUGGAGAAUCACCUCAAGUGCCAUGCGUUUUCAUAUUUAGUGACUCCAUUUCUGACAAUGGAAACAACAACAAUCUUGUAACUCAAGCAAAAGCUAAUUACAAGCCAUAUGGCAUCGACUUUCCACCAACCGGUCAACUAGGACGAUUUACCAAUGGACUAACAACAAUUGACUCUAUCACCAAACUACUUGGAUUCGAGAAGUUCAUCCCACCUAAUGCAAACACUAGUGGUGCAGACAUCCUUAAGGGUGUUAACUACGCAUCUGGUUCAGCUGGAAUUCGCGAUGAAUCUGGCAUACAAUUAGGUGAAAGAAUCCCGUUGAGAUCACAAAUAGAAAAUCAUAAGAUCAUAGUUUCUGAAAUAGUCAACAAGCUUGGAAGUGUAUCAGAAGCUAACAAAUAUUUGAACAAGUGCUUGUAUUAUAUGAAUAUUGGCAGCGACGAUUACAUAAACAAUUACUUCAUGCCCGAAAUAUACCCAACAAGUCGCAUUUAUAACCCGGAACAGUUUGCUGAAGUUCUUAUCAACCAAUAUUCCCUUGAAAUACUGGAUUUGCAUAACAUUGGCGCAAGAAAAUUCAUACUAGUUGGGUUAGGACUAUUAGGUUGCACUCCAAAUGCAAUUGCUAAGAGUGGGAAUAAUGGGUCAUGUGUUGAAAGUCAGAAUGCUGCUCCAUUUAUAUUUAGUCAGAAGCUGAAAUCUCUAGUGGAUAAAUUCAAUGCUGAACUUCAUGAUUCCAAAUUUAUCUUUGUGAAUUUUACUGCUGGCCCAGUACAAAGCACACCAGCUUUUACAGUUAUCAAUGCUCCUUGUUGUCCAACAAGGGAGGAUGGGAUGUGUGUUCCUGAUUCGGUACCAUGUCCGAAUAGAGAUGAUUAUGUUUUUUAUGAUGAAUUUCAUCCCACGGAAGCUUUUAACAACUUCAGUGCAUUAGCUUCAUAUGAUAGUUCUGUUAGUCCAGACUCAACCUAUCCAAUGGAUAUAAAACAACUUGCUCAAUAUUCUAUAUAAACUAGUGCAAGUCACAAUGGAU